UCCUCGUCCGGUCGUCCUGCCCGCGCGGGGUAUACUUAAUGGAUUGCGGCGUUUGGUAGGAACUAUUGCGAAUUGCCCAAAUGCCAGGCCCUGCUAAAUCCAUCAAAUUAGCCAACCCAUCUUCUUCUCCUUUGUAAAUGAUUCUCACUCAUGGCAUUGGUCCCCUUGAUUCUUCUUCUCCAGCUUACGCCUGGCAAAGGGGCGGCACGAAGAGAAGGAAUCGAUCAGUCAUGCUCUCAUGCCUGCUACUGAUAAACAAUCUGGGAAGAAAUCGCAGUUUUCAGUGGGGACAUGAGGGGGUUUUCAUCGUUAGCAUCACCCGCCCGGUUGUCAUCUGCACUGAGAAAUCCUCCUGAAGCAGCCCAGUCUCUUCCAAAGGAAGCCCGAACUUCUUUAAAAGGUGAGCCCUCACUUAAUCGUCCGAAUAAAUCAAAAGGUGAUACUACCAAAGUUGAUCAUGCAUAUAUUUCCCAAGUAUUAUCGAGAGCCGACUGGGUGUUACUGCUAGGACACGAGCUAAACGCUAAGAGGAUCGUUCUUAAUUCUCAUUCAGUUAUUAGUAUCUUUCAGAACCUGGAAAACCCAUCACACUCUAUAAAGUUUUAUGCUUGGGCUUUGAAUAUCUACCCUGCAUUAGCAGAGAAUCAGUCAGUUAGAGGUGUUUUAUCGAACUCAUUGUAUCGUAAAGGGCCGGUCAUUUUAUCUGUUGAACUGAUUCAGGAUAUUCAAAAGUCUGGUUUUCGGAUUACUGAAGACCUGCUUUGCUUAUUGAUUGGAAGUUGGGGGAGACUGGGGUUGGCAAAAUAUUGUUCUGAUAUUUUUGGCCAAAUCUCAUAUUUAGGUCUUUAUCCAAGCACAAGGUUAUAUAAUGCUCUUAUCGAUGCACUAGUGAAGUCCAAUUCCGUUGACUUGGCAUAUCUUAAAUUUCAACAGAUGACAGCUGAUAAUUGUCAUCCGGAUAGAAUCACGUACAAUAUCCUUAUUCAUGGCGUUUGCAAAGCUGGUGUGGUGGAUGAGGCACUUCGCUUAAUGAGGCAGAUGGAGGGCAGGGGACAUUUCCCCAAUGUUUACUCAUAUACGAUCCUAAUUGAUGGGUUUUGUAAUGCCAAGAGAGUUGAUGAGGCCUUCCAAGUACUAAAGACAAUGAAGGACAAGAAAGUGUAUCCAAAUGAGGCAACUAUCAGAACAUUGAUUCAUGGGACUUUCCGUUGCCUAGAUCCAAGUAAGGCUCUUGAGUUACUAUCCAAUUUGCUUGACAUGACACCCAACUAUUUUAAGUUAGUUUGUGAUACUAUACUUUAUUGUCUCACAAAUAAUUCUAUGACGAGAGAGACAAUCAUGUUUUUCAGAACGGCACUGGCAAAAGGUUAUUUCCCUGACAAUUGCAUAUUCAAUGUCAUAAUGGCUUGUUUGGUAAAAGGACCAGAGCUUCUAGAGACAUGUAAGAUAUUUGAUAUUUUCAGAGAAAAAGGUGUGAAGCCAGACAUAGGUACUUAUCUUGCACUUAUGGAGGCCUUAUACAAGGAUGGAUAUACGGAGGAUGGGGAUCGGAUUCACAAUAAGUUGUUGAGGGAUGGGCUAAUUACUACUGUCUUUUCAUAUAACAUGCUAAUUGAUUGCUUCUGCAGAGCCAAAAUGAUUGAUAAAGCAUUGGAAACUUUCAUCAAUAUGCAGCAUAAAAGGCUUACUCCUAAUCUUGUUACUUUCAAUACCCUUAUUAAUGGGCACUGCAAGGUUGGAACAAUAGUUAAGGCCCAAGAGCUUCUGAAGAUGCUCUUAGAAAUUGGAGUUCAACCUGAUAUUUUCACAUUUAGUUCUAUAAUUGAUGGGCUCUGCCGCGUACGCCAAACCGAGGAAGCCUUUAAAUGCUUCACUGAGAUGAUUGAGUGGGGUGUCAGUCCGAAUGCUGUCAUUUACAACAUCUUAAUUCGGUCUUUAUGUGCGACUGGGGAUGUUGCAAGAGCUAUGAAACUUAUAAGAAGAAUGCAAGAUGAAGGACUAAGGCCUGAUACAUUCUCCUAUAAUGCUCUGAUUCAAAGUUUCUGUAGAAUGAACAAGAUCGAGAAAGCUAAAAAGGUUUUGGUUUCUAUGUCAAAGUCUGGUGUGAGACCUGAUAAUUACACAUAUAGUGCUUUUAUGGAGGCACUAUUUGAAUCUGGGAGAUUUGAAGAGGCCAAGAAGAUCUUUUACUCAAUGGAGGAAAACGGACACUGUCCUGAUUCAUAUAUAUGUAACUUAGUGGUUAAGAAGUUGGUUGAGAAAAACUGCUUUGAAGAGGCUCAAAUCAUUGCAGAAAGAUGCAAACAGAAGGGAAUAUCCUUGAACUCUGUUCCUAUCUUGUAGACUGCAUAUUGACCAGCUUAAGAGAUGGUGCUAUAUGAAACGGAGGAGAGGAGAGGGUACUAGUUACUUUUCAGAUGUUUUCCUCACAUCUAUGGAUAGUAGCAGGCAUUCUCUUGAGACGAGGGAGAGUAUGGAAAACAGAUAAGAUACUUUAUUUGAAACAGGAAGCUUUAUACUAGGGAGCAUUGUCAGAACUAUUCAGACAAGAUCUAUUUGGAAUUUAUAACAUUAUAUUUAUCCUGCAUGUUGUUGACUGAAUAAUAUCUUCCACAUAGAUUUUAUCAUUCUAAGCCACUGGAUGUGGUCUGCUGGUGAAGUGUAUUGAAACUUAAUGAGAAAUCUUAGAGUCAAACAAUAAAACCCUUUCUCACACUGAAGAAUAAG